AGGGCAGGAAUGUAAGGGGCUGGGCGCGCGGCCUUUGGCGCGUGGCCGUUAGCGGUUCCGUUCUGCCAACGGUCGGCGUUGCAGCUGCCCUUGCGGGUCACAGUCCGCGCGACCCGGCUCCCGUUUGCGCGCUCGCCCCCUUCACCGGCGCAGUCACCGCGCGGGGCGGCCGCCCGUGAGGUAGCUACCACGGCGGCUUGUGACAACGAAUAAAGCUCCGGGACAGCGGCGCCCUCAGUGACAGCUGGGCGGGCGGCGAGCUACCGUGAGAGGAAGCGGCGGAGACCUCCGGCCCGGCCCCGCACCAGCCACCCGGCAGGCGCGACAUGAGCCUGGUCUGGCACCCGCGGGAUGCUUCUUGAGCCCCUUCUCCGGCUGUUACCUCCGGGAGACGGUUGUGGCCACAACGACACGUAUUUUCCAAAUAAAUCAUUGUUUAUUCUUGCGGCGGCGGGGCCGAAUACGUUUAUUUAUUUUUAAUUUUCUCAACAAGCAUUUACCUAGUACUUAUCUAGUGAAACAGCUUGGUAAGCGUUUCGAGGAGCGUCCGCCGGCUUAGGAAAUCACGGACCGAGCAGUUUGUGGAAGCCCGCAUUUGCAACAUCCCUCCUCACGCGUGUUGAAGAUUGUUGCAUCUUGUAACUACCAGUGUGCACAGAAUCCUACUCGAGGAACGUCUUGGCCCAGCGAUGCAAAGAACUGAAGUUUCAAGCUGGAAGAACCUGUGUUGUCCUCAUAAUAGUACAGAAGAAUUCAAGAUAAGAGAAAGAGACAGCAGCGAAUGAAGACUAUAAAAGAAAAGAAGAAGGAACGCCAAAGAUCAAGAAAAUCUGCCAAGACAAGGAGGGUCACCCAGAGGAAGCCAUCUUCAGGGCCUGUUUGCCGGCUAUGCCUUCAAGAACCUGGGGAUCCCGAAAAAUUAGGGGAAUUUCUUCAGAAAGACAAUCUCAGCGUGCAUUAUUUUUGUCUUAUCCUAUCUAGCAAGCUGCCUCAGAGGGGCCAGUCCAACAGAGGUUUGCAUGGAUUCCUGCCUGAAGACAUCAAAAAGGAGGCAGUCCGGGCUUCUAGGAAGAUCUGCUUUGUGUGCAAGAAAAAGGGAGCUGCUAUCAACUGCCAGAAGGAUCAGUGCGUCAGAAACUUCCAUCUGCCUUGUGGCCAAGAAAAGGGUUGCCUUUCACAAUUUUUUGGAGAGUACAAAUCAUUUUGUGGAAAACAUCGCCCAAAACAGGACAUUCAACAGGGGAACGUGAGGGAGGAAAGCUGCGUCUUGUGUUGUGAAGAUUUAUCCCAAGCGAGUGUUGAGAACAUCCAGAGCCCGUGUUGUAGUCAAGCUAUCUACCACCGCAAGUGUAUACAGAAAUAUGCCCACACAUCAGCAAAGCAUUUCUUCAAAUGUCCACAGUGUAACAAUCGAGAAGAGUUUCCUCAAGAAAUGCUAAGAAUGGGAAUUCACAUUCCAGACAGAGAUGCUGCCUGGGAACUUGAGCCAGGGGCUUUCUCAGAGUUGUAUCAGCGCUAUCAGCAUUGUGAUGCCCCCACCUGUCUGUACGAACAAGGCAGAGACAGCUUUGAGGAUGAAGGGAGGUGGUGCCUCAUUCUGUGUGCUACAUGCGGAUCCCAGGGGACCCACAGAGACUGCUCCUCUCUUAGAUCCAACAGUAAGAAAUGGGAGUGUGAGGAAUGUUCACCUUCUGCUUCAGCCACAGGAUCCCAUCCAGGACACAACAUUGCAUUGAGUCAUCACAUCUCCUUAGGUUCCUCUUGGCUGUGACUGUUUGUCAUACUUUCCUUAUUUUUGAUGAUCUUGACAAUUUUGAGGAGUACUGGUCAGGUAUUUUGCAGAGUGUCCCUCAAUUGGGAUUUGUCUGAUGUUUUUCUCAUGAUUAGACCGGGCUUAAUAGUUUGUGGGAGGAAGACACUGGGAAAGUGUUGUUCUAAUCACAUCAUAUCAAAGUUACAUACUAUCAACAUGACCUCUGUCGCUGCUGAUGUUAACCUUGAUCACCUGGCUGAGGUUACUAUUUUUUCCACCUUUGCAUACUGUACCUUCUGGAAGGAAGUCACAGUGUGCAGCCCACAAUUAAGGAGUAGGGAUUUAUGUAUACACACACGCCCCAAGGAUAGAGUAUCUACAGAAAUUACGUGAAAUUUUUCUGCAUGGGAGAUUUACCUAUUCGGUCCCACUUAUGGAGUCCUGGAUGUGUAUACAGGCAGUCCCCGAGUUAUGGACAACCUGACUUACAACGUUCUGCACUUACAAACGGGCUACUAAGGCUCCCCAUAAAGAUAAUUUAUAAUUAAAUAAUUAAUAAUUCAGACACUAGUUUCUUCCACACAUGUAAACACACCCACGUAGCUUAAGCAGUUCGCUAGCGCAGCAUCUUUAUGCUAAUAGUCUCAUUGCACAGCAUCACCUUCAUCUUAGCUUUUUAUUUGAGUCUGAGUCUGUGCUUAUCCUUAUGACCAUGCCUUCCGAGCAAAGGUCCACUGCAAGUCCAGGAAGCCUGCAGCAAAGAGAAAGGUGAUCACGAUGGAAAUGACAGUAGAAAUAAGCUUUCAGAGAAAGGCCAGACGCCAUCAUUCACUAGGAAAGCAUUAGGCUUCGGUUGCUUGACUAUCGGAACAAUUAUAAAGGAUAAAGUGAGAAUAAUGGAACAUGUGAAAGGCCGUGCUCCAGUGAAAGCAUCAGUUAUUCCUAACCAACAUAGUGGAUUAAUUAUUGAAAUGGAAAGGUUAUUAUUGAUUUGGUUAGAAGUUCAAAAUAAGUGUAACUUUCCUGUUAGCCUACCUAGUGUUGAUACAUUAGAUGUUAACGUUUAAUAUUCUUUUUUGAAAUUUCUCCUAUUUAAACUUUUUGUAUGAGUUAGUUUUUAUGUUAUA